CUUCAUGGGAAGAUUUUGAAAGUAGGUUUUGAUAAAGAAGGUGUUUUGUGUAAUAAGUUUAUUGAUGUUUAUUUUGCAUUAGGUGAUUUGGACAAUGCGGUUAAGGUUUUUGAUGGUGGGAUGGAAGCAUCGAUGAUGGAAAAUGUUUUCUCU